AUGUCCCAAGAAGAAGCUACUAAACAGGUUACUGAAAAUGUAGCCAACUUACAUUUGGAUGAUGUUACCGGUGAAAUGGUUUCCAAAUCUGAAUUGAAAAAACGUAUUAAACAAAGACAAGUCGAAGCUAAGAAAGCUGCAAAGAAAGCUGCUGCUCCACCAAAGGCUGAAGGUAAAAAGAAGAAAGAUGACGCAUUGGCUGAUCUAACUCCUUCCCAAUACUUUGAAGCUAGAUCAAGACAAAUUCUAGAUUUAAGACAAAAAAAGACUCCAAACCCAUAUCCACAUAAAUUCAACGUUAGCAUUUCAAACCCAGAAUUUUUGAAAAAAUACGCUUACUUGCAAAGAGGUGAAACUUUGCCAAAUGAAAAGGUCUCCAUCGCUGGUAGAAUCCAUGCCAAGAGAGAAUCUGGUUCAAAAUUGAAGUUUUACGUCUUACACGGUGAUGGUGUAGAAGUUCAAGUUAUGUCUCAAUUACAAGAUUACGGUAACCAAGAUGUUUAUGAACAAGACCAUGAUUUAUUGAAAAGAGGUGACAUCGUAGGUGUCGAAGGUUACGUCGGUAGAACCCAACCAAAGAAAGGUGGUGAAGGUGAAAUCUCUGUCUUCGUCGAACGUAUCGAAUUAUUGACCCCAUGUUUGCACAUGUUGCCAGCUGAUCAUUUCGGUUUCAAAGAUCAAGAAACUAGAUACAGAAAGCGUUACUUGGAUUUAAUUAUGAACAAAGACGCUAGAGGCCGUUUCAUCACUCGUUCUAAAAUUAUCUCUUACAUCAGAAAAUUCUUGGAUGAAAGAAGCUUUAUUGAAGUCGAAACUCCAAUGAUGAAUGUCAUCGCCGGUGGUGCCACCGCUAAACCUUUCGUCACUCACCACAACGAUUUGGAUAUGGACAUGUACAUGAGAAUUGCCCCAGAAUUGUUCUUAAAAGAAUUGGUCGUCGGUGGUAUGGACCGUGUUUACGAAAUCGGUAGACAAUUCAGAAAUGAAGGUAUCGAUAUGACUCACAACCCAGAAUUCACCACUUGUGAAUUCUAUCAAGCAUACGCUGAUGUCUACGAUUUGAUGGAUAUGACCGAAUUAUUAUUCUCAGAAAUGGUUAAGGAAAUCACUGGUUCUUAUGUCAUCAAAUAUCACCCAGAUCCAAGCAACCCAGAAAAGGAAAUGGAAUUGAACUUCACUAGACCAUGGAAGAGAAUCAACAUGAUUGAAGAAUUGGAAAAGACCUUCAACGUUACUUUCCCAGCUGGUGAUCAAUUGCAUACCGCAGAAACUGGUGUCUUUUUGAAACAAAUCUUGAUUGACAACAAAUUGGACUGUCCUCCACCAUUAACUAACGCCCGUAUGUUAGACAAAUUGGUUGGUGAAUUAGAAGAUACCUGUAUUAACCCAACCUUCAUCUUCGGUCACCCACAAAUGAUGUCUCCAUUAGCUAAGUACUCUAGAGAUCAACCAGGUUUAUGUGAACGUUUCGAAGUUUUUGUAGCUACCAAGGAAAUCUGUAAUGCAUACACUGAAUUGAAUGACCCAUUCGACCAAAGAGAACGUUUCGAAGAACAAGCUAGACAAAAGGAUCAAGGUGAUGAUGAAGUCCAAUUGAUUGAUGAAACCUUCUGUAAUGCAUUAGAAUACGGUUUACCACCAACUGGUGGUUGGGGUUGUGGUAUUGAUAGAUUGGCCAUGUUCUUGACUGAUUCUAACACCAUUAGAGAAGUCUUGUUAUUCCCAACCUUGAAACCAGAUACUCAAAGAGAUGAAACUAAGAAGGAAGAAAAUUAA